CUGGUGGACGAGCUGGACGUCCUGAUCAAGGAGUCCACAGACCCCAAACAGACACUCGUCUACCAGGAGGGUCUCGUACAUCUGCAGGAGUUAAUCCAGGCCAAACUCAACCUCACGUGUGAGGACAUCUUCAAG